AUGGAAUGGGUGAAAGAACUUGAGAAAAUAUUCCUGAUAAUGGACUGUCCUAAUACUCAUCGUGUAAACUUUGCCACAUACUUAUUGAUUAGAGAAGCAGAGCAUUGGUGGACAAAUACCAAUAGAUAUUUCCAAAGCCAAAGAAUAGAGAUUACUUGGACAACCUUUAAAGAUGCCUUUUUGGGAAAAUACUUUCCUCAAAGUGUAAGAAACAGAAAAGAAAUAGAAUUCCUUGAACCGAAACAAGAAAAUAUGACUGUUGGGGAAUAUGUGGCAAAAUUUGAAGAACUAUCCAGAUAUUCUAAUUAUGUACAAAACCAACCUAAUGAAGAAUGGUUGACAACUAAAUUUGAAUCUGGAUUAAAACUUGAACUAAAAAGUAUGAUAAUAGGACAUCAAAUCAGGAAUUUUUCAUCAUUAAUAAACAGGUGCAUAGACAUUGAAGCAAGCAUGAAGGAAGCUGAGGAGGGAAGAGAGAAAGACAGAGUUUCAAGUCGGAGAAAGAACGAUGACAACAACAGACAGAGGUUUUCAAGGGCACAAAACUCAGGAAAUAACUUUGCUAACAACAGAGGAAGGAAGAAUAUAGGUAAGAUGAAUCCUCAGAUUCUAGCAUGUCCAAAAUGUAAAAAGAAUCAUGCUGGAGAAUGCCUAGCAAGAAGAGGUGUAUGCUUUAAGUGUGGAAAACCUGGACAUAUGUUGAGACAGUGUCCUCAGAAUCAAGGUCAGAAAUUAUCAACCCAAUCUGCAACAAGAGGAAGAGUUUUCACUCUUAGUGGUCAGGAAGCGGCUCAAGUUUCAAAUUUGGUUAAAGAUGUGAUUCUUGGUAUGAAUUGGUUGUCUGCUAAUAGUGUGGUCAUUGGUUGUCAUAAUAAAAGAGCAAAGGCUAAACCUGAUGCAACCAGUAUCCCUAUUGUCUCUGAAUACUUAGAGGUUUUUCCGGAUAAAAUUCCAGGCUUACCCCCAAACAGAGAAAUUGAAUUCUCCAUUGACCUAAUACCUGGAGUAGGGCCAAUUUCUAUUGCACCCUAUAGGAUGUCACGUGUAGAACUUGUUGAACUAAAGAUACAAUUAGAGGAACUUCUAUCAAAACAGUUCAUCAGACCAAGUGUGUCACCUUGGGGAGCACCAGUUCUUUUUGUCAAGAAAAAGGAUAGAAGUAUGGGAUUGUGUGUGGAUUAUAGGCAAUUAAAUAAAGUCACCAUUAAAAAUAAAUACCCUUUGCGUAGGAUAGAUGACCUUUUAGACCAGUUGAGAGGAGCCACGGUGUUUUCUAAAAUAGAUUUGAGGUCAGGAUAUCACCAGAUUAGGAUUAAGACUGAAGAUAUUCCAAAAACAGCCUUUAGGACUAGGUAUGGACAUUAUGCGUAUCUAGUGAUGCCUUUUGGAUUGACAAAUGCUCCAGCAGUAUUUAUGGAUUACAUGAAUAGAAUUUUUAGAUCUUACCUAGAUCAAUUUGUAGUGGUGUUUAUAGAUGAUAUUUUAAUAUAUUCCAAGAAUAAAGAUGAGCAUAAGGAGCAUUUAAGGAUACUAUUACAAAUUUUGAAAGAUAAGCAAUUGUAUGCCAAACUUUCAAAAUGUGAAUUCUGGAUGGAAGAAGUUAAGUUCUUAGGGCAUGUUAUUUCAAAAGAAGGAGUGACAUAUGAUCCUAGUAAAAUUGAGGCCAAAAUCAUAAUGCUUAGCCUAAGCUUGUUAGGUGAAGGAUGGAAUACCAAUCUUUACUCUUAUGAUGAUCGCAUGAAAUUCUAUAUUGUAGUAGGAAAUCAAGGAGCUGCUGCAAUAUUCUAUGCUGAAAGUGUGGAGACCUGCACCUAUAGACUAGAUUAG